UUUAGUAUUUGACAUGUGGUAUUUGACAAUAAUAUAGGGGUAACAAAAUUACUUUCAAUUAACUUACGGCCCAAAGAACUCCAAGUGAGUUAAUUUGACCCAAACACAUUGUAAGUUGAAGUUGUUUAGAUAAAAAAAGAAUUCAUCUAAAAUUAUUUUCAUCGGAAUAAACUUAAACUUUGAGUUAUUUAACUCUACAAACACAGAAAUUAACAAUUAAUCCAUUUACCCAAAUCAUUCUUAGGACCAAUAUGGCUCCAAUUAUAAUAUACUUGUUGGUGUAGGCCACAUUUGCACAUCAAUAGCCACCUUCAAAUGUUUAAUUCUUCGUUACUUGACCAUCCUUACCUUGCAAACGGUCCACUGCCCCUUCUUGUUAAUUAAAUAAGACCAUUAUUUGUUGUUGGAGAUCAGACGGGUAAGAAAAGAGGGCCGCAUGGUAGAACCGUGAGGUGGCCGGCAUGGAAACAUUAUUUCAAUGGAAAGAUAUGACUGAAGGAGUCACGUUAGGGAGAUCGUUUCUUUUUCGUCGUGAGGUGGGUGAGCUGAGUAAUCUAUGGGGGAGCACGCACACCUCGUUUGCCACGUUGGACCAAACACUGCCCUUUUCGGGUCCCUUUUCUUGUGCCUUUUUUGAAUAUCCGCCAAGAUUUUUUUUGGCUGGAGCGGGUACCCGCCGUCGCCGUCCUCCGUCACGUUGACGGCCAGAGAAAUUUCCCAUAUAUUCUCUCGUUAGUUUUUUAUUUAGUCUGGACUUCGGAUGGCUGGGCCUGGGCAUUUCCAUAAAAACAAAAACAACUUGAGAGGCUUGUAGUAAAUAUAAUAAUGAUGAAGCAAAAAGUACUACUAAAGUCAUUGGUCGGACCGACGGAAGUAUCCCGCCGGGUGCCGGCAAUCUCUUAAUAACUGUUGCGGUUGCAUGGUUAAGGUUUGAUAAUUACGUCGAAGUUCGAACAGCCAUCUAUCAAGACGACGCUCGGAUCCCGUCAGGGAAUCGGAGGGUAUAUUCCUUAUGCUCCGAUUGAGAAAACAAAGGUUCCAUUACCAUCCCACCACUUUUUCCUCUCACGUGCCUUACAUUUCCUUACAAACAGUUUGUCUAGUCUCUACGUCGUUGGCUCCAGGGGUGGGCAGGGCAACCAUCUCCUUCGCACUGGACCGAACUCGAUAUGUGGAUCACCAACGAGAAUUGAAUCGGAUCAAAUAUAUUUCUAUUCAAUUUGGAUUCUAUAAAUUAUUUUAAGUAUGAAAAAAUGGAUCAAUUUGGACCAGACCGAUUGAAUCAAAUGAACCAACAUGCGUUUGGUCUUGUUCUAGUCAUCAUUUCUUUCUAUGUUUAUCGGUCCUAUCACAAUUCAAUUUGGUUCUGGACCGAAUCGACUGAUGCCUACCCCUAGUUGGCUUCCUAUUUUCCGACGAGGAAAAUCUGGUGUUUGAAUUUAAUGAUUUGCACCUUUGACUUCUUGAACAACAAAACUAAAACGGUUCACACCACUCCGAACAAUGUUCGAACGAGAGUGUUUGAUGUGUAGAUGAUUUUUUGGGAACAAGCUAAGUUAAUCACACCUACUCCAAUGAAAGUUCAGUGAGAGCUACGAAAACUAAAGGCUACAACUAAUUUGCAGAGAAAAGAUAAAAGUUUGACAUGGUGUGUCAAAUGAUUGGUUGUGGAACCCUUUUACAAUCUUCGUUUCUCCUAUUUAUAGACACCAAGUGUAACUGUCUUGGUAAUCGCUGACUGGCCUGUUGCUCCAAUCGCCUUAGGGACCCCUCCCCAUCUUGGUAACUGCUAACGAGCCGUCGCCUUGGUGCUCACUUCCAUCACCUUGAGCCCCUUACCUUGUCUUGUUGACUGGUUGGUAACUGUCAUCUGAUUGGUUUGGCAUCAGGCUUGAUGAGUGGAGGUCUAUCUUGCCGCCUCGUCUUGACUAGAAAGGGUCGGAGCCUCAUUGUCUUGCCUCCAUCACAUCGACCCUCCCAUCAGGACUCCUUGACGACCCCCGACACCUUGAUGAUUCCAUGCUUAGCUCCUAUGAUGUCGACUUAGUACCAUCUUCGUCUUGUUCCAUACUUAGCUCCUUUGAUGCCGACUUAGUACCAUCUUCGUCUUGUUACCUAACCCGUCUCUCGGCUUGCCAUCCUCGUCUUGUUAGCUAAGCCUUGUUACCCACCUAGACAGGAUUAAAACUUGGCAUCUUUACUCACCAUGUCUCGUCUUGUUAGCUUUAUACCUUAUUGCCUUGAUGUGUUGGUAAGUCACUCUUACCAUCUUGCUAGCAAGUCCAUUCCAACUACUUCUACGACUUGAUACCCCCGGCUACCAAGUCAGUCAUGUCGGCCCCUGCCACCAAGCUAGCCUUGCCGGCUUGAUCUUCAUACUUCGUUUUCAGAAUUUCAUCUAGUUGGUACCUUGCCGACUUGGUACCUUAUUUAGGGGGCCACCAAGCUCGUCUUGGGACUUAAUCUCCAUAUUGCCUCCUAAGAGGCUAUACAACAAUUCCCGAUCAAGUUGAUACCAUGUCAGCUCUUUGGUACCCUGCCGCCUUUCUACAAAACCUGUCUUGCUGCCUUGGUGCCUUCUUGACUCCAUACUUAGCCAAAUUUUAUAUCUUGGCACCAAGCUCUGCCUUGCCAGCUUAGUACCCCCUUGGUGUCUUGGUACCAGGCCUUGCCUUACAGGCUUGUCACCGUCUUGGCUCUUUACUUAGCCAAAUUUCAUGUUUGGAUACCAGGGUUGUCUUGCCAGCUUGGUACCCUUAACCUACCAAGCCUCUUUCGUCGGCUUGACACCCUGUUUUGACGCCUUAUUUCCAGACAUAGUUUUUUGGGAGCCGAAUUUCAUACUAAGGAGGUGGAGACAUCGUCCGGCUAUGGGGCGGCCGACCGCUUGGCCACUUGGGCCAAAAAACCCGACCAAUAAGGCCCAACUAGCUCAUUUAAUGUUUAAUGUUGAGCUGGCCUUAUAAAUCCAUUGAUUCUCUUGUAAUUCAUCGAUGUGAUACAAGCUGAUUUUUUAUGAGUAAACACUUUGACUCGCUUGUACUGUCACACUAGAAAGUGGCCAAGUGUAACCACCUAUUAAUGCGUAGUAUAGCGGGUUUAGAUUUAAUUGUCAACCCGAGUCCUAGGUGUGAUGGCUACUCUGUGAAGUUCUUGUUAUUAGCGGUUCAACUGUUGUGAAGUUUCACCUAAACUAGCAAGCAAAAGCAGUAAAGGUUGCGAUUCAAGUUUGAGAGAGGUCACCCAGAUAUGGUUCCACCUAGAUUGCAGUUAAGCCAAGUUGUAAUUCACCAAGUCAAGAUUCAAUGAUAAUUAUAAUGCGGAAGGUUCUCAAACAGUCUGAAGUCUUGUGAUAAUUGUCGAAAACAUAUUGAUUUUGCGUGCUUAAUGUGAUUUUUUCAUCAUAUGUUUGAGACCUAUAAUACUUGUUUGAGGUCCAACUAAGCCUGGAAUGGUUAUAAAACCAUUACCAUCAAGUGCCAAAUGUUUUAUAUAUUUCAGGUAAAUGAAACGAGAAAUUUGCAUUGGUGGAUAGAAUAAUUCAAGUGGACUGGAUGUACAUUGGACCGAAACUUACUGAGGAGUUGAACCGAGAUUGGGCUUGGGCUGGACGAUUUGGACUUGGCUGUUGGGUUGGAGGCGAAACUCCUUGGUAAUUGGAAAAGGGCAGACAGGCAAUUAUUUUGGAGGAGGCGGACAGAAUUUUAUGGGAGGAGAAGCAAUUAAUUAAAGAGAGGGGAGGCGGAAUCAAAGGGAGGGAAGGCAGCAGGGAAAAAAAAAAAGGCGGAGAACACAGGAGAAAAAAAAGAAAGGAGAGAAAGCGAAGGCAGCGCACGGAGCAGCAGAGCAAACGCAACCGGGCGAUUCUCAAUUGGCGAUUGAGAUUUCCAAGGUUACCUGAGCUGAGUGCAACGAGAGCGAUUAGUUGGUUGGAUUUUCUGAACCUAAUUAGUUGUUUCUUGUUGAUUUAGAACAUGAUGAACAAAACCCUAAUGAUUUAUCUUAAUUUCGUCAUGAACUAAACCCCAAUUUCUGGGGGAAACACCAUAGGAUGUAGCUAUUUCUUGAUUUGAUGGAUUGAUUUAUGAUUCUUUUCUUCCAAUCUCUAUUGCAUGAAAUUGCUUAAUGCUUUGUGUUGACUGGCCACCAAUACAACGAUUUGUAGUUAAUUAGGUUAUUAGCGACAGUGAAACCCUAUUAACCGAGCCUAUUUCAUGUGACAUAGUAACUUAUCGAAGCGACAGUGGAUUAAAUAAGGUGCUAUGCGGUCUUAAAUAGGAUAUCGAUCUUCAGGCUAUAUAGUUAAUUCAUUGAGCUACGACAGUAGGAUUUGAAUUGAUUAUUUAGUACGUAGUAAUUCCCGACAGGGAUAGCUAGCACAGUAGUGAUAUCCUGGCUGUAGAGGUAUGGAUUAAAUUGAUUGGAAUAUGUGAAUUAAUCUGGAUAGGAUAGGUAGUGAAUCCCGGUGUUUCUCCCAGAGCUUUCUCCCAUUGAAUUAAACCCGACAGUUUUCACUUGCUUAAUUUGUUUAGUUAAUUUUGCUUUUAGUUAAUAAUUUCAUCUCUUAAACAUUUUCACAUAUAGUUUGCUCGAAAGAAUUGAUAAAUCAUAAGGUUGUACCAGUCCCUGAGAGACGAUACCCGGACUUUCCGGAUUACUACAAGAUAGGAAUUGGCAUUACGCUUUUGCCCUAUCAAGUUUUUGGCGCCGUUGCCGGGGACUGCCAUACCUUAUUUUUAUUGAUUUUUGUGAGUGAACUGUUUUGAUCUGGGUGUUAGUGUGCAGGUGAAUUUUUCAGGCUAAUCCUCCUCGUGCAUGCCAAGGAGGACGACUGGCAAUUUACUGCCACUAGAUCCCGAGAUCGAGAGGACCUGCCGACAGAACAGGAAGCAGGUCAAGUUAGGGAAGCAGCCUACCACAUCCACAACUCCUAGGCCUUCCCUAACUCAGAAUCGUCAACCGAGAAGGCAGGUGACACCACCUGUCAUCCCUACACCACCUACACCACCGCCGCGCGUCAUCGAGCCUGUCAUCAUGGCUGAACAAGAUCGGUCGAUCAGGGCUCGUCUGAAUCGGAGGACUGGAGCCCGAGCUUCAUGUGUUGUCAUUCCGGCUGGGGAUGCAAACAUGGAGAUUGCCCCAGCCUUCAUCAAUAUGAUCACGAAUGGGUACACCUUCUCAGGGGCCAGCACCGAGGAUCCUCAUGAACAUCUCCGCCGGUUUGCAAACAUUUGUGACACUAUGAAGAGCCCGGCUGUGUCUGAUGAUGCCAUCCGUCUUCGGAUGUUCUCAUUUUCUCUGCUUGGGAAUGCAUCACACUGGUUCCAGAACUUGACACCCCGUUCCAUCACAACAUGGGGUCAGCUUGAGAAGACCUUUUUGGAUAAGUACUUUCCUCCUGCCAAGGCAAUGAAGAGGCAAGAGGAAAUAGUCACUUUUAAACAAGCUGAAGAUGAAAGUCUGACCGAGGCAUGGGAGCGCUAUAAGGAGCUUCUAAUGAGAUGCCCGAGCCACGGUCUCGAAGAUUGGAAUGUGAUCUCCAUCUUCUUCAACGGAAUCAGAAGACAAUUUCGAGAUGCUCUGAAUAAUGCUUCCCGAAAUGGUUUCACAAGAAUGGAAGCACCAGAAGCAUAUGAACUGGUGGAGAAGAUAUGCUCUGAAGAUACUGAAUGGGGGAUUGAGACCGGCAUUCGAAGGAGAGGAGACUUGCAUGAGAUAGACAGAGUUGCAAGCUUAGAAGCAAAGAUUGAUGCUAAGUUGGAUUCCAAGUUCGAUGCACUCGAACGAAGGCUGGCUAAGUUGGCUCUUGGUAGACAAGAGGAGGUUGCUUAUUGUGAAUUAUGUGAAGGUGCUCAUCAUAGGGAUCUAUGUCCACUGGUGUCUGAUCAGUUGGAAAAUGUGCACUAUAUCAACAAUCAGCAAAAUCAAGGCCAGGGUGGUAUGUAUUCAAAUACCUACAACCCGCAAUGGAUGAAGCAUCCUAACUUUUCCUGGGCAAACAACAACCCAACUGGUGUUCGAAACAUCCCACCUCCUGGUUUUCAACAGCAGCAGCCUCAACCAGAGAAGAAGCCUCAGCUGGAGGAGUUGAUUUUGGCUCAUAUGCAGAAAACAGACAAUAAUUUCAAGGGCCUGGAUCAAUUUGUCACUCAACAGCUAGCCAUCAACAAUAAUUUACAAUCGUCUAUGCUAGCUAUGGAGAGGCAGAUGGGACAGAUGGCUCAAACUUUGGCAGAUAUGCAAGGCAGGAUUCCUGGGACAUUACCAGCAAAUACUGAGAGGAAUCCGAAGGAUGCCAUGGUUGUAGCAGUGACAUUGAGGAGUGGAAAGGCCUUGGAAGACCCUAGCAGCUCGAAAGAGGUACCAGAGGCAGAAGAGGAAGCACCGGGAGAAAGAUCUUGUGCAGAAAAUGAAGAAUCAGCCUUGCACAGGCAAAAUGAAAGCGGUUUGCCUGUGCAAAAGCAUGCUGCCCGUGUACCUCAAAAAGUGGAAAAAUUGAAGAAUGAAGAGGUAAAACCUUAUGAACCUCCCGCACCAUUCCCUCAAAGGUUAAUGAAGCCCAUGGAAGACCCAAACUUCAAGAAAUUUGUGAAUAUCUUCAAGCAACUUCAGAUUAACAUACCCUUGGCGGAGGCACUUGAACAGAUGCCUACAUAUGCUAAAUUUUUAAAGGAGUUGCUGACUAAGAAGCGCAAAUGGGCUGAUCUGGAGAAGGUAACCCUUACUUCUGAAUGUAGUGCUGUGAUUCAGAAUAAAUUACCAAAGAAGAGGGAUGAUCCGGGCAGUUUCACCAUUCCAUGUGUUAUUGGAGGUAGAGAGUUCGAUAAAUCAAUUUGUGAUCUUGGAGCAGGAAUUAAUUUGAUGCCAUACUCAGUCUACAAGAAAUUGGGAUUGGGAGAUGUUCUUAAACCUACUCGGAUCACACUCCAAUUGGCUGAUCGAUCAGUAAAAAUCCCAAAGGGAGUGGUGGAGAAUGUAUUGGUGAAGGUGGGGAAGUUUAUUCUCCCUACAGAUUUUGUGAUUCUGGAGAUGGAAGAAGAUCAGGGAGUGCCUCUAAUUCUCGGCAGACCUUUUCUAGCAACUGGUGAUGCACUCAUCGAUGUUGGGAGAGGCAAGUUGACAUUCCGAGUAGGUAAGGAGGAGGAAAUUUUUAAUGUCUUCCAAGUUGAUCAUAAUCACGAUGCAAUUGAUGACCUUGAAAGUGGAGCUCGAGAAAGGAAAAAUUCCUCUUCCUGUGAUAGUGGAUCAGUUGAAGAAUCACUUGUCCUAUCAGCUCAGAUUCUGAAAUCAAAGCAAGGACAGAAAUCCUUACCAGGUCACCUCAAGUAUAUAUAUUUGGGUAAGGAUUUCAAUCUUCCUGUUAUUAUUCCUUCUUCACUGACAUUGAAACAGGAAGAGUACCUGCUUGAGGCGCUGCAGUACCACCUACGCCUCACUAAAGGGUCUAACAUGCCAGCUAAGAAGGUCAUACCCAAUUUUCGCACACCUGGCCCUGCAGAGGUGACUCAUAUGCUGGAUGGAGGUUAUGCAUUCUAUCAUUGCUCGGGAGGGUAUGCUGGAUACCUUUCCAUACCCAUUGGUUGAAAGCUCCAUGAACGUCAGGCUGAGGACGUUAAACAAGCGCUUCUUGGGAGGCAACCCAAGGUAAGUUUUCUUUUGUUUAAUUUUCUUUUUAGUUGUGUCAAACCCGUGCAUGUUUAGAUUAGGAGUUGAACAUUAGAGACAAUGUUCCAUCCUGAGUGUGGGGUGGUGAGUCUUAGUGUUGUUUGUCCAUGUUGCAUGUGGUAAAAAAAAAAAAAAACAAAAAAUUCAAAAACAAAAAACAAAAAAUUCAAAAACAAAAAAAAAACAAAAAAAAAAAAAACAAAAAAAUUGCCAUUAGGUUGAGCACAGCCAAACUGCAUGCAGUUUGCCUGUGUAAAAAGCAGUCUGCCUGUGUAAAAAGCAGUUUGCCUGUGUAAAAAGCAGUUUGCCUGUGUAAAAAGCAGUCUGCCUGUGUAAAAAGCAGUCUGCCUGUGUUAAUCUAAUGGCUAAAAAAAAACACCUAAAAAUCAGAAAAAUCAAAAACAAAACCUUGUACUCUUGUGGUAACAUGAUGUAAAUGACCGUGAUGCCUUGAAAAUGAGUUUUUGCUUGAAUGAAAUCAUCAAAAUCACCCCACUAGUGUUGAAUUGCAUAGUUCUUCACAAUGAGCUUGAAUGUUUUGACUGACUUGAUAUGCUUUGAAUGAGCAACUCUUUUAGCAACAUUCUCUUUUGUGAGGAUAGUGUAACGACUUUUGGUGAAGUAGUUAGGUGGAGAACAUUGACCAUUCGAUAUGUUUGGAUACCGUGCUUACUUGCAUCAAUUGUGAACUUUUGAUUUUGCAAUGAGUCUCUCUGUUUUGAAUGUUUUAUGAUGGGGCGAACUGUAUCUUCAUAAAAGAAAACACUACCUGACAAGUAAAAUAUAAGAAAGUUGCCAUAACAAUUAAAGUGUGGGUAAAAAUGCCAAAAUCGUGUGAGGCAAUCACUCAUUGCACAUGGGGAUUAGGAAAGAUUCAAUUGAGAAUCGGUUCGCGACCGUACGAUGUUGCUUAUCAAGUACGAUCCCCAGUUGAGUGAAGUGCCAUUAGAGGAUGAACAAUGACCCUCCACACGGACCGAGGAAAAGGAGUUGAAAGAAGCCCUUAUGCGAGUGCUAAGAAGCAGAAAUUGCUCUUGCUCGGUCACCGGUAGUAAGAAACAAAUCUCACUUGUACUAAAUACGACUUCUCGGCAAGCAAAAACAGAAAGAGAGAAAGCCUCUCCUUGUCAUAAAAGGUAGUGAUGUGCUUAAAGUUAAAAUCAUGUUUGCGAAAGGCUUCCCCCAUUAGUUUUUGAGACUCAUGCUUAAUUAAUUGCUUAUGAUUGGUGUGAGUAAGCCAGAUUGUCCUCACGAGAUAUGCACCUCACUGAUGUGGUUAGAUUCUCCUAAUAAUUGUUGCACCAUAAGUUGUUAAUCACCCACUACCGACGAUCAAAAUUGAGUGUUGCUAUUUGAGUUUUUGAUGGAUUUGAGUCAGUCAAUGGUAAUGGUUGCAAAGAACUUGAGUGUGGGGUGAAAGGUAUGACCAUUAAAGCACAACUUGUCCAUUGAGAAAGAAACUACUGAUUAUCACAAGAGUACAAUGAUAAAUUUCUGGUGUUGAUGUUAUGUUUUGUGUGUCGUGUGUCUUGUGUUUUGAGUUAGGUUGUGUAUCCCUGGUCUGUGAUGUGUUUUCUCCAAUUAUCGUUCUCUUGUCUGAAUUGUUGCUUAGGGACAAGCAAGUAUUGAGUGUGGGGUUGUGAUAAUUGUCGAAAACAUAUUGAUUUUGCGUGCUUAAUGUGAUUUUUUCAUCAUAUGUUUGAGACCUAUAAUACUUGUUUGAGGUCCAACUAAGCCUGGAAUGGUUAUAAAACCAUUACCAUCAAGUGCCAAAUGUUUUAUAUAUUUCAGGUAAAUGAAACGAGAAAUUUGCAUUGGUGGAUAGAAUAAUUCAAGUGGACUGGAUGUACAUUGGACCGAAACUUACUGAGGAGUUGAACCGAGAUUGGGCUUGGGCUGGACGAUUUGGACUUGGCUGUUGGGUUGGAGGCGAAACUCCUUGGUAAUUGGAAAAGGGCAGACAGGCAAUUAUUUUGGAGGAGGCGGACAGAAUUUUAUGGGAGGAGAAGCAAUUAAUUAAAGAGAGGGGAGGCGGAAUCAAAGGGAGGGAAGGCAGCAGGGAAAAAAAAAAAAGGCGGAGAACACAGGAGAAAAAAAAGAAAGGAGAGAAAGCGAAGGCAGCGCACGGAGCAGCAGAGCAAACGCAACCGGGCGAUUCUCAAUUGGCGAUUGAGAUUUCCAAGGUUACCUGAGCUGAGUGCAACGAGAGCGAUUAGUUGGUUGGAUUUUCUGAACCUAAUUAGUUGUUUCUUGUUGAUUUAGAACAUGAUGAACAAAACCCUAAUGAUUUAUCUUAAUUUCGUCAUGAACUAAACCCCAAUUUCUGGGGGAAACACCAUAGGAUGUAGCUAUUUCUUGAUUUGAUGGAUUGAUUUAUGAUUCUUUUCUUCCAAUCUCUAUUGCAUGAAAUUGCUUAAUGCUUUGUGUUGACUGGCCACCAAUACAACGAUUUGUAGUUAAUUAGGUUAUUAGCGACAGUGAAACCCUAUUAACCGAGCCUAUUUCAUGUGACAUAGUAACUUAUCGAAGCGACAGUGGAUUAAAUAAGGUGCUAUGCGGUCUUAAAUAGGAUAUCGAUCUUCAGGCUAUAUAGUUAAUUCAUUGAGCUACGACAGUAGGAUUUGAAUUGAUUAUUUAGUACGUAGUAAUUCCCGACAGGGAUAGCUAGCACAGUAGUGAUAUCCUGGCUGUAGAGGUAUGGAUUAAAUUGAUUGGAAUAUGUGAAUUAAUCUGGAUAGGAUAGGUAGUGAAUCCCGGUGUUUCUCCCAGAGCUUUCUCCCAUUGAAUUAAACCCGACAGUUUUCACUUGCUUAAUUUGUUUAGUUAAUUUUGCUUUUAGUUAAUAAUUUCAUCUCUUAAACAUUUUCACAUAUAGUUUGCUCGAAAGAAUUGAUAAAUCAUAAGGUUGUACCAGUCCCUGAGAGACGAUACCCGGACUUUCCGGAUUACUACAAGAUAGGAAUUGGCAUUAUCUUGACUAAAGGUCUCUAGACCCCCUCAAUCUGAAUACCUAGCGGGCGACUAACCUCCACUGGAGUAAACAAACGGAGGCCCUAACGUGCCAAACCUCCUCUACUGGAGUAAAUCCAGUACGGAAUAGUGAAUUGACUCCUCGACUAAAGUCGUCAAUUCACUACCUUCAAUUAAAGGUGCUCUAUCAAACUAGGCAGAUAUUCUCUUUCUAGGUCAAAGCAAGAACUACAUGAAUUUGAUCAGGAUUCAUGCAAUUCAGAAAACCAUGCCUCAAUUGAAUAUAAUCGAUAUCAAAGAACAUGUACUUUGGUUCAUACAACCAAACCUAACAUACAAAUCUAGGGUUCUUCAUACCCAGGUGAGUGAGAGAGUUUACUCCAUAGAGAGAGAAGAGAAAUCAGCUUCAGAUGCGGAAAUCAUUAUGUGAAGGAUGAAAAUCAGCUUCUGGUAAUCAAUCGACACUUCUCCAAGCUUCAACCGAGCUCCAAUGGUGUUGAUUCUCGAUCUAGGGCACUUGGAAGUUCUGUUCAUCGCUCUCUCUAAGUUUCUGCUUUCUUUCUCUAAAACUUGGAUCCCUCUCAAAAGAGGCCAACUUUGCUUUUAAAAACAGCAGAUCGCGAUACCCUGCCUAAAUACACGGUCGGGUAUUCCUGGGGGUCGGCCGGGUAUUAGUAAAAUGCAGCGCACUGGAAGGGGGGAAAUACCCGGUCGAGGAUUAGAAUACCCGAUCGGGUAUUUAAGCUUCCUGGCCGAGACCCCUUCUGCUUCUUUGGCCUCCAAAACAGUUUUACCCGGUCGCCUCCUUCUCACUUACCCGGUCGGGUAUUUUUGCCUGGCAACUCCUCUAGCUCCAACUUUCCACUUUACGACCGGAAACUCGCUUCCAAGCCUCCAUGUUCACACCAAGUCCUGAAGUAUGACAUAAACUAACAAUCUAGCGUGAAAUCGGCUUAAAACACGAGAAUCGACUCUUAAACGGUUCAAAAAUGUUGGUCAAAACAUGUGCAAAUAAUGGUCUAUCACACUUCCUCAUUGUUUUUGUUUAUUUAAUUUAUUUUUUGGACUCUAAUGUAAUUAACUAUAAUAUACACUCGUUGUUGGACAAUCCGAUUAUGGUACUCACAAUGGAAUAGUGAGCACGUGCUUACAUGGUUGAGAUGCUAGCCACAUCCCCACUAGCUGGGCUUGAGUUCCCAUCCUUGAGCCUCAUUCAUUAAGGAGAACCUUAAAGCCUUUCUAUUGAUUGUCGGAGUUUUAGUUAGUUUUUGGCAAGUUAAAUGUUAAGUAGUUAUUAAGGAUAUUUAAAGAAUUAUAAUUAAUUUAAAAACUAUCCUAAUUAACCCUAUUAACCUAUUUACGCCCGUCUAACUCGAGCUAUCACUACACUUAAUCCCAAUUAUAGGUCAAGUGCAACCUAUAGAGGGUGUAAGAUAGGGUAAGUACUUCAAUAUCAAUAUGGGCGGUCUAUCUACCCUUACUUUGAUUGUUCACAAAUUAUCUAGCGAUUGGAUUGUAGUUAAAGCUAAGAAUACUAAACAAAUUAAACAAGCAAGUAAACUUUGGUGAGUUCGAUUGAGAAAGAAUCACUCAGAUAUUGCUCCCCCAACCUCGUGUCAAGAUACAACAAACAAAACUCUAGUGUGAUAGGUAGGAUCAUAUAUUGGUAGGAGAUCACAAUUAGCUAGGGAAACACCAAUCCUCUCAAUCGAUCGAGUAAGUACUGUCACAAUUAGUUAGGAAACCCUAAGCCUCUUAACCGAUCAAAUAAGGUUUACAUUAGACGAUAUCAUGACACUAAUUCGAUGAAUGAGGAAUGUUUCAAAUUGACCUAGAGUAGGUUACCCAAAUUGUCAAGAUUGAGUUAUAAGGGAAUUUCCACCUUCUAGGUCAGCUAGUCCCAAAAUUGAGAUAUGAACAAUCAAAACCCAAAUUUCAUGAAUAAUACCUCAAGCAUUAU